CAUCACCAACCAUUCCAUUCUUCACCUUCCAUGGUUACCUUUAACCAAUGUCUUCAUCAUUCUUUCGAAUAUUCCGUCGCCGGACUAACACUUCCGACAGCGCCGACGAACUCGACGUCGACGACAACCCCAUUUCCAACUCAACAGAAUGUUACGCCUGCACACAAGUAGGCGUUCCUCGUUUCCACUCCACCAGCUGUCCAGACCUCCUUCAACAGCUCCAAUGGGAAGCUUCCGCUGGAUCUUCUCUCGUCCCCAUCCGUGACCGUCCCGGCUCCAAAAUCAUCCACAAUCAUUCCACCAACGACGGCCGGAGACGACGGUCUUCGGGGUUCCUCAGCCGUGUGUACGAUCCUCGGAGCAAAAGUGUGCAGAGAUGGAACAGAUUCUUCCUUCUGGCUCGUGGGGUGGCGUUGGCCGUCGAUCCUUUGUUCUUCUACGCGCUGUCCAUCGGCCGCGGUGGGAUCCCGUGUCUGUACAUGGACGGUGCACUGGCGGCGGUGGUGGCGGUGAUGCGGACGUUGGUGGACGCCGUCCAUCUUCUUCACAUGUGGUUGCAGUUCCGGGUGGCUUACGUGUCUCGUGAGUCACUUGUGGUUGGAUGUGGGAAGCUCGUAUGGGACCCACACUCUAUCUCAUCUCACUAUGUUCGUUCACUCAAAGGGUUCUGGUACGACGCAUUUGUUAUACUCCCGGUCCCACAGGCUGUGUUUUGGUUGGUGCUGCCACGGUUGAUCCGUGAAGAGCGAAUAAAGGAGAUCAUGACGACCCUCUUGCUCAUUUUCCUGUUCCAAUUCCUACCCAAAGUCUACCACUCGAUCUCGCUGAUGAGACGGAUGGCCAAAGUCACUGGCUACAUCUUCGGGACCAUUUGGUGGGGUUUCGCACUUAAUCUCAUCGCCUACUUCAUUGCGUCUCAUGUUGCGGGCGGAUGUUGGUAUGUUUUGGCGAUACAACGAGUGGUUGUGUGCCUAAGGAAAAGAUGUAAUAUGAAAAACUCGUGCAAUUUGACUUUGUCAUGUGCGGACGAGAUUUGCUACCAGUUCUUGUUGCCUGAAGGGACGUUUGGAGAUCGUUGUGCUGGAAACUCGACCACGUCCGAGUUUAGAAAGCCUGCGUGUUUAGAUGUAAAUGGCCCGUUUAACUACGGGAUUUACCGAUGGGCGCUUCCCGUGAUCUCUAGCAACUCGCUCACGGUCAAGAUUCUUUAUCCGAUCUUUUGGGGGCUCAUGAGCCUCAGUACAUUCGGGAACGAUCUCGAGCCCACGAGUCACUGGGUCGAAGUGAUGUUUAGCAUUUGUGUCGUGCUAAGCGGAUUGAUGCUCUUCACGUUAUUGAUCGGUAAUAUUCAGGUGUUCUUGCAUGCCGUUAUGGCUAAAAAGAGGAAAAUGCAACUACGAUGCCGCGAUAUGGAGUGGUGGAUGAAGAGAAGACAGUUACCAUCGCUUCUCAGACAAAGAGUCCGUACCUAUGAACGCCAAAAUUGGGCAUUGAUGGGAGGCGAAGACGAGAUGGAAAUGAUCAAAGACUUACCCGAAGGCCUCAGACGCGAUAUCAAGCGUUUUCUUUGCCUAGAACUCAUUCGAAUGGUACCGUUGUUCCACAAUUUAGAUGAUUUGAUUCUCGACAACAUCUGCGAUCGCGUCAAACCGCUCGUUUUCUCCAAGGAUGAAAAGAUCAUACGAGAAGGCGAUCCGAUUCAAAGAAUGGUGUUUAUAGUUCAAGGUCGCGUAAAAAGUACCCAGAACCUAAGUAAAGGAGUAAUCGCUACGAGUAUACUGGAUCCCGGUGGCUAUUUAGGCGAUGAGCUUCUAUCGUGGUGCCUUCGAAGGCCGUUUAUAAACCGGCUUCCGGCAUCUUCUGCCACAUUUACGUGCGUGGAGUCGACGGAAGCGUUCGGGCUCGACGCCAAUCAUCUUCGUUACGUGACGGAUCAUUUUCGAUACAAAUUCGCAAACGAGCGAUUGAAGCGGACGGUGAGAUAUUACUCGUCGAAUUGGCGGACUUGGGCGGCGGUGAACAUACAGUUGGGGUGGAGGCGGUACGUGGCGAGGAUGAGGCGGCCGGUGAGUGAUCGUGUGAGGGAGGAGGAUGGUGGCAGCAACCGUAUGCUCCGGCAGUAUGCUGCCAUUUUCAUGUCAAUUAGACCACAUGAUCAUCUUGAAUAGAAUCCAAUUAUCAUUAAUUCUUGUGAAUUUGUUGAUGCUGAACUUCAUUUUAUUCUAAUAAAAUAAUAAUAAUAAUAAUAAUAUAAAAAAGGUGGAG